GCAGGGCGGUGAGUGCCGGCCGAGCACGUUAGAUUGUUCUGGAAGCCUCCUGUGAUCGCGGCGUGUCCAGUGCUCGCUCAUUGUCCGCUGCUCACGCGUUCCCCUGGGUGUCUCCCGAGCUCCCCGCUGCAUCGCCACCAUGUCUGCCGUCAAGGCGCUCAAUCCCAAAGCCGAGGUAGCCCGGGCGCAGGCGGCUCUCGCCGUCAACAUCAGCGCGGCGAGGGGACUCCAGGAUGUGCUGCGGACCAACCUCGGGCCUAAGGGAACCAUGAAGAUGCUGGUGUCGGGUGCUGGUGAUAUCAAGCUUACCAAAGAUGGCAAUGUCUUGCUGCAUGAAAUGCAAAUUCAACAUCCAACAGCCUCUUUGAUUGCUAAAGUAGCCACUGCCCAAGAUGACAUUACGGGAGAUGGAACCACCUCAAAUGUGCUAAUAAUUGGGGAACUGUUGAAGCAAGCUGAUCGUUACAUCUCUGAGGGUCUUCAUCCAAGAAUUGUCACAGAAGGAUUUGAAGAGGCAAAAGUGAAAGCACUUAAAGUCUUGGAUGAGGUCAGAGUGUCUAAAGAAAUGGACAGAGAGACGCUUAUUAAUGUGGCCAGGACUUCACUGCGGACCAAAGUUCAUGCUGAGCUUGCUGAUGUAUUAACUGAGGCUGUUGUGGAUUCUGUUUUGGCCAUAAGGAAAGCAAAUGAAACAAUCGAUUUGCACAUGGUUGAAAUUAUGGAGAUGAAACACAAAACUGAAAGUGACACAACGCUAAUUAGAGGGCUUGUGCUUGAUCAUGGGGCACGUCAUCCAGACAUGAGAAAGAGAGUGGAAGAUGCCUUUAUUCUUACAUGCAAUGUGUCACUGGAGUAUGAGAAAACGGAAGUGAAUUCUGGUUUCUUCUAUAAAAGUGCAGAAGAACGUGAUAAACUGGUGAAAGCAGAGAGAAAAUUUAUUGAGGAAAGGGUAAAAAAAAUUGUAGCCCUCAAGCAGAAGGUGUGUGGGGAUUCUGGCAAAGGCUUCAUUGUGAUUAAUCAAAAGGGAAUUGACCCAUUUUCAUUGGAUGCCCUCGCGAAAGAAGGGAUUGUAGCCCUACGUAGAGCAAAGAGAAGAAAUAUGGAGAGACUAACCUUGGCAUGUGGUGGCAGUGCUAUGAAUUCAGUGGAUGACCUCACCCCUGACUGCUUAGGUCACGCAGGUCUUGUCUAUGAAUACACAAUGGGUGAAGAGAAGUUCACUUUCAUAGAAGAGUGUGAAAAUCCACGUUCUGUCACACUGUUGGUGAAGGGGCCAAAUAAACACACGCUAACACAGAUUAAAGAUGCCAUACGGGAUGGGCUGCGCGCAGUGAAAAAUUCUAUAGAGGAUGGCUCUGUUGUACCGGGUGCUGGAGCAUUAGAAGUGGCAAUAGCAGAUGCUCUUGUCAAACACAAACCUAAUGUGAAGGGCCGAGCCCAGCUUGGUGUGCAGGCAUUUGCCGAUGCUCUCCUCAUCAUUCCCAAGGUUCUCGCCCAGAACUCUGGAUAUGAUCCCCAAGAAACUUUAGUGAAACUUCAAACAGAAUAUGCAGAAACUGGCCAGCUCAUUGGUGUAGACUUAAAUACAGGUGAACCAAUGGUCUCAUCGGAGGCAGGUGUCUGGGACAAUUACUGUGUUAAGAAGCAACUUCUUCAUUCCUGCACGGUUAUCGCAAGCAAUAUCCUUUUGGUGGAUGAGAUUAUGAGAGCAGGAAUGUCUUCUCUGAAAGGAUGAAUUUAGUAUCUUCAUACUUCAGAUUGGUUAUGCAUUUACACAGACCUUUAAUAUGAUUUGCUCAACCAUUGGUUCCUGCAAAUUACUUUGACUUAAAUAAAAAAAAAAAAUAGACCCUAACGAAAUCCAUUUGAUCAAACAUUUAAAAUGUAUUUAUUUCAUUUUUUUUUUAUGGCACUGAAGUGUACAAGUUGGCUUUCCAGUCUUUGUACUCAAUAAAAAUAAGUGGAAUCUUCA